AUAGGAAGCCGUAUUACAAGCAAGCGUGUCUCAGAAAUGCUAGAGAGUUGCUUUCCGUGCUCAUAUAUAAUGCCGUUGGAGAUGCUUUUUGCAAACAUUGAAUGUAAUGGGAUAAAACUGCAUGCAUCUUGACCCCAGACCCGGAUGGAGUUGGGAACCUGAGAAUAUACUGGAUAAUUGUCGUUCUCGUCAUCCUUGUUGUAUUGGUGGAACAUUAUAAUAAAAAUUCUUGCUGUCUUCUGGUCCUAGUAAAAAAACCAAUGCAUUGCCUAAUGGGCGAACAUUGAAAUCUGGUUUGAAAAAUUCUCAAACACCAAAUGAGUACAACAGCAACCCAGUUGAAUCCCACAAAAUUAUGGUCUAGGGAGAGUGUGUGUAUGCUGACCUUAUCCUACUCGAAAACAAAGAGGCUUUUUCCAAAGAGACCCCCGACUCAAGCACCAUAGGCUGGCUGGGAGAUAUCCUUGCUAAUCAAUUCUGAGAACUCUUUGACUGAACCUUAUGUUGCACACACCCUUCUGGAAGCUAUUUGCUCUGAAUCUGCUAUCUUCUUUGGAAACAGCAUGCCAAUACGUGAUGCUGAUAUGUAUGGAUGGAAUGCACCAGAGAAAUAUCAUAAAUUGGCCAUGAAACUGAGCUCAGAGUCAUGUAACUAUAUACAAGUCGGUUCCAAUAGAGGAGCUAGUGGUAUUGAUGGCUUGCUAAGCACUGCCAUUGGUUUUGCUGUUGGCUGCAACAAAAGAGUACUUUCUGUACUUGGUGAUGUUUCUUUUCUGCAUGACACAAAUGGAUUGUCAUUGUUGAGACAACAGAUUCCACGGAAGCCAAUGACAAUACUUGUCAUAAACAACCAUGGUGGUGCGAUCUUCAGUCUUCUACCCAUAGCAACUAAUACGGCAAGAAACAUUUUAGACCGGUACUUUUACACGUCUCAUGAUGUUUCAGUUCAAAACCUAUGCCUGGCACAUGGUGUGAAGCAUGUGCAAGUAAGUACAAAGACGGAUUUAAGAGAUUCUUUAAUCGCAUCAAAAUCACAAAAUGUGGAUUGUGUCAUAGAAGUUAAUAGCUCCAUUGAAGACAAUGCUGGUUUUCAUAGUACUCUGAGAAAAUUUACAUGUCAAGCAAUGAAUCACACUUUGGAUAGCCUUUCAAAGAUUUCAAUUCCAAAUUCUGCUUUUCAUGGCCCAGUGCUCUACAAAGUUUGUAAAAUGGAGUAUUCACUUUAUAGAGUUCAGCUAUCUUCCCCUCCUACUUCAGCUUCAGCCAAUUACAAAUCAUCUGCCUUCUUUCGAGAAGGCUUUAUUAUAAGUUUGUCACUUGCCGAUGGUAGCAUUGGCUUUGGGGAGGUUGCACCUUUAGAAAUUCACAAAGAAAACCUUUUUGAUGUUGAAGAGCAACUCCAAUUCCUCACUCAUACUAUAAAAGGAGUUACAAUCAACCAGUUUCUUCCCUUGUUGAAGGGCUUAUUUUCUUCUUGGUUGUGGCGUACUUUUGGAAUUCCGACAGCUUCAAUCUUUCCAAGUGUCCGAUGUGGCCUGGAGAUGGCUGUCCUCAAUGCGGUUGCAGCUAGUGAAGGUGCAAGUUUGUUUAAUAUACUUCGUCUGCAUAGAGUGGAGUUUCCUGGGAGGUCAUCAGAUGUAAAAAUUUGUGCACUUCUGGACUCUAACGGGGCCCCUGAAGACAUUGCUAGAAUAGCAGCUGAUCUUGUGAACGAGGGAUUUACAGCUCUAAAGCUAAAGGUUGCUCGGUGUCAUGAUCCCAAUCAUGAUGCUGCUAUUGUACAAGAGAUAAGAAAGAGAAUAGGUGGAAAUGUUGAAAUUCGUGCUGAUGCAAACAGGAAUUGGUCCUAUGAGGAAGCCGUUCAAUUUGCCCAUUCUGUAAAGAAUUGCUGUCUGCAGUAUAUUGAGGAACCUGUUGAAAGUGAAGAUGAUAUUAUCAGGUUUUAUGAAGCAACUGGCUUGCCUGUGGCUCUUGAUGAAACCAUCAAUGAUUAUAAAGAAAAUCACUUUGAAGUGCUUUCAAAGUACACUCAUCCCGGGAUAGUUGCAUUUGUUAUCAAGCCAAGCGCUAUUGGUGGGUUUGAAAAUGCAGCAUUAGUUGCACGAUGGGCUCAGCAGCUGGGGAAGAAUGCUGUUAUCAGUGCCACAUAUGAGACUUCAUUGGGUUUAGCAGCGUAUGUUCAGUUCUCACAUUUUAUUGACCUUCAAAACCUUGAUAUACUCCGGCUAACUAAUAAGAAAGAAAGGCCAUCAAUCCCCCAUGGUCUUGGAACAUACAAAUGGUUUAGGGAAGAUGUGAGCACUCGUAAAUUAGUAACCUGCCGUAAUCCAACCAAUGGCUGUAUGGGGUCACCAGUUGCUGAUGCUGAUAGACUCAUAAAGGGAUUUCAAUUCAAUAAGACGGCAGUUGUUCGGAGUUCUACUAAUGCUAAUAUUCAUAUGUACCAGUUGGAAACUGAUCUGGACAAUGUCUCCAUCUCUAUCAAUGUCUAUGAUACUGGGGAAAGUGCAAAUAACAUUGUUCUAGUUUUUCUGCAUGGUUUCCUUGGAACCUGUGAAGAAUGGAUUCCAAUCAUGAAAGCCAUGUCUGGCUCUGCCAGAUGCAUUUCAAUUGAUCUCCCAGGCCAUGGAAGAUCACAGUUGCAAGAUUGGGUUGACAAUGAUGUUAUGGACAAAUCAACAUUUUCAAUUGAAGCCAUCGCAAUUAUGUUGUGCAAUUUGUUUGAUAUUUUACAUCUGAAGAAAGUGAUUCUUGUUGGGUAUUCCAUGGGAUCCAGGAUUGCAUUAUACAUGUCACUAAGAUGCAAUGCGAAGGUUGAAGGGGCUGUCAUUAUCUCUGGGAGUCCUGGAUUGACAAAUUCAGUAGAAAGAGAAAUGCGCAGGACCAAGGAUGACUUUACUGCAUCUCUCCUGGUUUCUUCGGGCCUGGAAUCUUUUCUAAACGUUUGGUAUGCUGGUGAUCUCUGGCACAGUUUAAGAUGUCAUCCACAUUUCAAGAAGAUAGUCUCCAGCCGCUUGCGACAUGCUGAUCUGGAAUCUCUGGCCAGAGCUCUGUCUGGUUUGAGCAUUGGCAGGCAACCGUCCUUGUGGGAAGACCUGAAACUCUGCGAGCGGCCACUUAUGUUCAUAGUGGGAGAAAGUGAUGCCAAAUUCAAGGCCAUCGCCCAGAAGAUGCUCAAUACAAUGGAUCAAAAUGUGAGUGUUGUGAAUUGUCCAGAAAUAGUUGAGAUUCCUUGCUCUGGGCAUGCUGCUCAUCUUGAGAACCCUCUUUCUGUCAUCAGUGCAAUAAGCCGGUUUUUGAGGAAGGUGAAGAACUAAUAUAACAAAACCAUCUUUCAUUCCAACAAAAAAAACAGAUAGAUUUCAACUUACAUUUUGUUAUAUAUUCAUUCUAUUGUUUGGCUUGAUGUAUUGUUUGGAGCUUUAAGAAUGUUCCAUUCACUUGUUCUCAUUGCAACACAAGGGUAUCACAACUAAACUUUCAUUACUCAUUGGGGGGAAAUGAAACUUUGAUUCGAUA